UCACGGAGACCAAUAUAUUUUUUCUUUGGAUAGGUCGUUUCGUUCCGCCUUCUUUUUUUUUUGAUAGGAACAGAAGAAGUCGUUCAAUUUUUGCAUACAGUCAUCUAGAAUAUUCUUUUCAAUCUUUUCAUUUUUUUUUACUUGAAUCACCAUGGAAAACGACAGAGGUGUAGAUCAACCGCACGCUCCCGCAAUGUCAGCCAUUUUCGCUUCCCAGUGCAGAAAAGUUUUGGAGGAUAAGGAGCUUAUUGAGAGGUUGAGAGCAGAGAAUUUUGACCUGGCAAUCACAGAACCAUUUGAUACGUGUGCAAAUGCCCUCUUCGAAGCCAUUAAAAUCCGUGCUCACGUGGCAGUUCUCUCUUGCAGUCGCCUUGAUCAUGUUUCAAAAGCAAUUGGUCAACCAAUCGCCCCAAGUUAUUUACCUGGAACUCAAUCAACUCAUGGAGAAAGAAUGACAAUUUGGCAAAGAUUUAUGAAUAUUCUUCAUUUUUUGAUGGGAGAUUUCUUGUUCAGUUAUAUUGGAGAUGAAGAUUUCAAGGUGGCAAAGGAAAUUAUUCCGGGAGUCAGAUCGUGGAGAGUGAGUGGUUUGGAAUUAUAUAGAAUGUAA